AUGGCGCCGAAAGAAACACCACCAAACAAUUUAUGGGUGAGUAAUCUUUCCCCUGACAUUAGGGAUGAUGAUAUAACGUCUUUGUUCCAGAUUUUCGGCCCACUUGAUAGUGUAACCACUUAUCUCUCUCGUGAGUUCGGAUUUGUCAAAUUUAGAAACAUCAACGACUCCAAGGAGGCUAAAGACGCGCUCCAAGGAUACUUCUUUCAUGGAAAUCCUCUUAGGAUCGAAUUCGCUAAGCUGAUCCCUACGCUCGUGAUCAUGGACCACUGGAAAAAUGACCCUCGUGAUCGUGGAGAGACCCUAGCGAAUGCGGAGGGUGAGCUGGCAAGACCUUGGCAAAUGCGGAGGCCUCCAUGCGCAUGCGCAGGCCUAGCAGAUCAGGCUUUGCAAAUGUGGCCAAGGUGGCUCGCAAAUGCGAAGGCCAAAUCAUGGUUGCACCAACUGAUGCAUAUCAACUGA